AAGAGAAAAUGGUUGAAGAACCCAUGGUGGCUGAAGAAGAAGCAAACCCAAAGAAUAUGCGGGCUGGUAUUGAAGAGCCCAUCGUUAACAAGGACCUUCCGGAAAUCAAUGAUGCCUCGGAAAGCAAGGAAGCGGCGGAGGAGGUACCAAGGGCUUCACCGCCCGUUAUGAGGCCUCCCCCUCCUUUUCCUCAACGAUUGGCAAAGAAAGCGGAAGAUGGAAAGUUCCUCAAGUUCAUCGAACGAUUAAAGGAUCUCUCAAUAAAUAUUCCAUUGGUUGAGGCACUUGAACAAAUGCCCGGUUAUGCGAAGUUCAUGAAAGAUCUAGUGACCAAAAGAAGGAGUCCUGGCAUUGAAACAUUGGGGGGCACUCAUCAUUGUAGUGCAAUCGUCACCAAAGCUUUGGUGCACAAAAAAGAAGACCCCGGAGCAUUCACAAUUCCAUGCACCAUCGGUAAAUACAAGUUUGCUAAAGCUUUAUGUGAUCUUGGAGCAAGCAUCAAUUUGAUGCCGCUUUCUAUCUUCAACAAGUUGGGAUUGGGAACCCCCCGUCCUACCACGAUGAGAUUACUUAUGGCGGAUAGAACUGUAAAGAGGCCCAUUGGUAUUCUUUAUGAUGUGCUUGUAAGAGUGGAUAAAUUUAUUUUUCCGGCCGAUUUCGUGAUCUUGGAUUGUGAAGUUGACUUUGAAGUUCCCAUAAUCUUGGGAAGACCAUUCUUAGCCACAGGGCGUGCCCUUGUGGAUGUGGAAAGAGGUGAUCUGAAAUUUAGAAUGAAUGAUGAAGAGAUCACUUUCCAUAUUUGCAAGUCAAUGAAACAACCGGCGGAUAUGAGUCUUGUGUCGGUUAUUGACACAAUUGAUGAAGCAAUGGAGACAACCAUAGAACAUGAGCAUAUAGGUGAUAUGUUGGCUGCGGUGAUAAUGAAUUAUGAAUGGGACAACGAAAAAGAAUUUGAGGAGAUGGUCAAUGCAUUGAUUGGAAUGGGGUCUUACCACCUCAAUCCAAAGAGACUCGAUCUUGACCUGGAAAACCGAGCAACUCCUCCUGCAAAACCUUCAAUUAUUGAGCCUCCUACUUUGGAACUCAAACCUCUUCCUUCACAUUUGAGGUAUGAGUUUCUUGGACUCAACAACACACUGCCUGUGAUUAUAUCUGCCCGGUUGACGGAUGAGCAAAGAGGGAGGUUGAUGGUGAUCUUGAGAAGAUACAAAAAAGCUAUCGGGUGGAGUAUUGCGGAUAUUCAAGGGAUUCCACCUGGUAUUUGUACACAUAAAAUUCAGCUUGAUGAAGACUGUGAGCCAAGCGUUGAACAUCAAAGGAGGUUAAAUCCUCCCAUGCAAGAGGUUGUCAAGGUUGAGAUAAUCAAGUGGCUGGAUGCUGGGGUUGUGUACCCCAUUUCAGAUAGCUCUUGGGUGAGUCCGGUUCAAUGCGUACCAAAAAAAGGUGGGAUCACUGUGGUUGCAAAUGAUAAAAAUGAGUUGAUUCCCACUCGCAAGGUUACCGGGUGGCGUGUUUGCAUGGAUUAUCGGAAGCUGAAUAAGUGGACCAAAAAGGACCACUUCCCAAUGCCAUUCAUGGACCAAAUGCUUGAUAGGCUUGCGGGUAGAGAUUAUUAUUGCUUCCUUGAUGGGUAUUCCGGGUACAACCAAAUCACCAUUGCCCCCGAGGACCAAGAGAAAACUACCUUCACUUGUCCUUAUGGGACUUUUGCUUUCAAGAGAAUGCCUUUUGGGUUAUGCAAUGCACCCGCAACAUUUCAACGUUGCAUGAUGUCUAUUUUCUCCGAUAUGGUUGAGGAGUCCAUUGAAAUAUUCAUGGAUGACUUUUCCGUAGUUGGGGAUUCCUUUGAUGAAAUGGUUAGAGAAGGCAUCGUCUUGGGGCACAAGAUUUCGGAAAAGGGGCUUGAAGUCGACCAAGUUAAAAUUGAGGUUAUUGUUAAGCUUCCCCCUCCAAUUUCCGUUAAAGGUGUUCGUAGCUUCCUUGGGCAUGCUGGGUUUUAUAGAAGAUUUGUCAAGGAUUUCUCAAAAAUAGCCAACCCGUUAUGCAAGUUGUUGGAGAAGGAGUCGAAAUUUGUAUUUGAUGAUGCUUGCUUGAAGGCAUUUGAGGCUCUGAAAGAGAGACUCACAUCGGCUCCUAUCAUCAUUGCCCCGGACUGGUCUCAACCCUUUGAGCUUAUGUGUGAUGCAAGUGGCUUUGCCAUGGGGGCUGUUCUUGGCCAGAAGCGUGAUAAGAUCUUUCACCCAAUUUACUAUGCAAGCAAGACUCUGAACAGUGCCCAAAUGAACUACACUGUCACAGAACAAGAGUUGCUGGCUAUUGUAUUUGCUUUCGAGAAGUUCCGGGCUUAUCUUUUGGGCACUCAUGUGAUUGUUCACACCGAUCAUGCAGCCCUACGUUACCUCAUGACAAAGAAGGAUGCAAAACCGAGGCUGAUACGUUGGGUCCUUCUUUUGCAAGAGUUUGACUUUGAAGUCAAAGAUAGAAAAGGGUGUGAAAAUCAAGUGGCGGACCACUUGUCUCGUCUUGAAGAGGGUGGGCGUCCAUUGGAUGGCCUAGAAAUCAAUGAGUCAUUCCCGGAUGAGCAGGUAAUGGCGGGGUCGCAUGACAUGAUCCCUUGGUAUGCCGAUUUUGCUAACUUCCAUGCAAGUGACAUCAUGCCAAUGGAUUUGAACUUCCACCAAAAGAAGAAGUUUUUGAUUGAAUUGUUCGACGUAUGGGGCAUUGAUUUUAUGGGUCCAUUUGUAAGCUCCUACAACAACAAGUACAUUCUGGUGGCAGUAGACUACGUAUCCAAAUGGGUGGAAGCCGUCGCGCUCCCCAACAAUGAAGGAAGAAGUGUCACUGCAUUUUUAAAAAGGGUUAUCUUCUCAAGGUUCGGAACUCCAAGGGCAAUCAUUAGUGACGGGGGCUCUCAUUUCUGCAAUCGAUUAUUCAAGACUCUUCUUGAGAAGUAUGGGGUCAAGCAUAAAGUGGCCACCCCCUAUCAUCCCCAAACAAUUGGCCAAGUUGAGGUCUCAAAUAGAGAAAUUAAGAGCAUCCUUUCCAAAACAGUGAAUGCUAACCGGACUGAUUGGUCAAGGAAAUUGGAUGAUGCCCUAUGGGCAUACCGAACAGCCUACAAGACACCAAUUGGCAUGUCCCCAUAUCAACUGGUAUUUGGAAAAGCCUGUCAUCUUCCGGUGGAACUCGAACAUAAGGCAUUGUGGGCCUUGAAAAAGUUGAAUCUAGAAUGGGGUGAUGCCUCAAACUUGAGGUUGGAGCAGUUGAACGAACUCGAUGAAUUUCGACUAAAGGCAUAUGCGAGUUCUUCACUCUACAAGGCCCGCAUGAAACACUUCCAUGACAAGAAGAUCUUGCAAAGAGAGUUCAGCAUCGGAGAUCGGGUAUUGUUGUUUAACUCCAGGCUCCGGUUGUUUCCCGGGAAGUUGAAAUCCAAAUGGUCUGGCCCGUUUGAAAUCACGCAAGUGUUCCCAUCUGGAGCAAUCGAACUUGUUUGCCCAAGUGGUAAUAAAAUCAAAGUGAAUGGGCAAAGGGUGAAACAUUACUGGGGAUCUCAGAAUGAAGCAAAGAUUAUCGAGGUCUUCAUCCUCAACGAGCCAUAAAAGGGCUAAACAGGUAUCCACGUCGUGCUGCGACGUAAAAUCAAGCGCUUCUUGGGAGGCAACCCAAGUUUCAUUUUCAUGUGUUUAUUGUUCUUUUACGAUGUUUUGAUGUGUGUCCAAGUGUGUAGGAAUAAAGUGUGCACAAAGCAGAAGAAUUGGAAAAAUGCCCCUGUACACCACAUGCGACACCACAUGCGAAUCGCAUGUGGUGCCUG